AUGUCAACAUCUUCUCAGUCAUCGUACCCGAUGAGCGGUGGUGAAGAUCAACACAGUUACAUCCAUAAUUCUUCAUACCAAAAAGCAGUUAUAGAUGGAUUUGAAGAAAAGGCAAGGCAAAAUAUUUUAGAAAAAUUCGAUCUCUUGAAUCUGAAUCCCCAUCUUAGUACUUUUAGGAUUGUUGAUUUUGGUUGUUCUAUUGGUCCUAACACGUUUCAUGCAGUUCAAAAUAUUAUUGAUACUGUGAAACUCAAACACCUUAAAGAAAGUCAAGAAAAUAGUCUUGUGCCACUCGAGUUCCAAGUAUGCUUCAAUGAUCAGCCCAACAAUGACUUCAACACACUCUUUAGAACAUUACCUUCUUCCUUUGGACAAGAAUAUCUCUCGAUGGGAGUUCCAGGCUCUUUCUAUGGCCGAGUGUUACCAAGAAAUAGCAUCCACAUUGGAUACACUUCUUACACGACUCACUGGUUGUCCAAAGUUCCGGAACACGUAUGUGACAAGAAAUCUUCAGCUUGGAACAGAAGUUACAUUCAUUGUAAUUAUUUGAUAGAAGAAGUCACCAAUGCUUACAAGAUCCAGUUCACAAAAGACAUGAGCCUCUUUCUUGAAGCUAGAGCCGAAGAACUUGUCCCUGGAGGAUUGAUGAUCGUGUUAGGAGAAUGUUUUCCCGAUGAUGUGGCUAUGUAUGAGACAUGGUCAGGUAUUGUGUUAGACACAAUUGGUGAUUGUCUCCUCGAUAUGGCUACAUCGGGAGCAACGACACAAGAAAAGAUCGAUUUGUUUAGCAUGCCAGUGUAUUUUCCUCAAUAUAGUGAACUGAAAAGAGCCAUUGAGCAAAACAAAAACUUUACAAUUGAGAUGAUGGAGACUACAAGCCAUCCAUUGGAGGAUAAGCAAUUAACCAAUGACUUCAUCGUUUCCAUGUUUCGAGCCUUUCUCUCUUCGAUUAUAGAAACACAUUUUGGAGAUGGUGUGGUCAAUGAACUAUUCUAUCGACUUGAUAAGAAACUCUCUAAGUACCCUAUUGAUUUUGAUAAGUGUAAGAAAAAAAUGGUCUAUUAUAUAGUUCUUAAACGAAAAUAAACAUUGAGAUUAUCAUAUC